UGGGUGAGGUUAGAGAGAAAGAAAGGGGAAGGAAACUAUCCUCUCAGAGCGGAAGAGAAAGACUGUAACGGUUCUCACACAGAGCUUGGACUCAUAUUUAAGUAAAAUGUUCAGAAUGUGUGUCGCUUUGCUCGUCUUUUCCAGCAUCUGUACAGUUGUUGUUGGUGCUCCAGUUAUAGUCACAGGAUUCAGAGGAGAGAGUUUUAACAUCAGAUGCCCUUAUGGAUCUGGAUAUGAAUCACAUGUAAAGUAUUUGUGUAAAGGCGAGUGUAGAGACAGACAGGUCAUAGUUAGAUCAGGAUCUCCAGCUGAAGACGAGAGAUUCUCUCUGAGAGACGACACGACGGCCAGAGUUUUCACCGUCACCAUCACUGAUCUGAGACCAGCAGAUGUGGGACAAUACUGGUGUGGAGUGGAGAGGAGUUUACUUGAUGAUGUCUAUUCAGAGAUUCUGUUGCUUGUUAAACAUGAUAAUAAGACGACUGAGGUUUCAACUAUCAGUCCUUUUACAGUAACAUCAUCAUAUUUCAGCACAACAGAAACAAAACCACAACCCAGCAGCAUCACAAUCACAGAUCAGCACAAAUCAACAGAUCUGGCUUCUGUCGCUGGCGGUCUGGGUUCGGUUCUGCUGGUUCUGGUUCUGUGUUCUGGAACGUUCCUCAUCCUGAAAAAGAGGAAAAGGAAAUCUGGGACAGCUUUAUUUCAGCAGAAUGUGCCGCACAACACAGAGACUGACCGUAUGUAUGAGGAGAUUCCAAACUGUGAUGACAUCACCACAGCAUCUUCGUCCAAUCAGACACCUGCAUCACAUCAUAUCACCCGCCCACAAGUCUGUACUGUUUAUGCCAAAGUAACCAAUCAGCAGCCUGAUUCAAAUCCCCAUCACACCCACUCGACCAAUCAGGUGACGGAUACGGACUAUGAUUAUUAUGCCAAUCUUACAUUUCCUGAGCCAGCAAUAGACAGAAGAACAGAACUGAUCUACACAACAGCGACACAUCCACAAAACAUCAAGACAAAAUAUUCAGUAAUCAAACAUAAUAGAGAAAGAAAGGGGAAGGAAACUAUCCUCUCAGAGCGGAACAGAAAGACUGUAACGGUUCUCUCACAGAGCUUGUACUCAUAUUUAAGUAAAAUGUCCAGAAUGUGUGUCGUUCUGCUCGUCUUUUCCAGCAUCUGUACAGUUGUUGUUGGUGCUCCAGAUAAAGUCACAGGAUACAGAGGAGAGAGAGUUAACAUCAGAUGCUCUUAUGAAUCUGGAUAUGAAUCAAAUCCAAAGUAUUUGUGUAAAGGCGAGUGUAGAGACAGACAGGUCAUAGUUAAAUCAGGAUCUCCAGCUAAAGACCCGAGAUUCUCUCUGAGAGACAACACGACAGCCAGAGUUUUCACCGUCACCAUCACUGAUCUGAGACCAGCAGAUGCAGGACAAUACUGGUGUGGAGUGGAGAGGAGUUUUAAUACUGAUGUCUAUUCACAGAUUCUGUUGCUGGUUAAACAGGGUAAUGAGACUACUGUGGUUUCAACUAUCAGUCCUUCUUCAGCAAAACCAUCAUAUUUCAGCACAACAGAAACAAAACCACAACCCAGCAGCAUCUCAAUCACAGAUCAGCACAAAUCAACAGAAGGUGAUGUCUUGCACACCGAUGAUGGCUCCAUCAUCUACAUCUCUGUUGGGUUAGUCAUCGUUCUGGUCAUCUUCUUCCUGGUGCUGGUGCUGCUGUGUUUGAAGAGAAGCAGGAAAUCACCAGGACUUACUCAAUCUGGACUUUCACAACAAGUCUCCGUUGUGCUUCUUCCUUUGAAUGAAAACACUGCAGAGGACUUUAACGACCACAAAUAUGAGGAAAUCAACAAGCUGCAGCACAAGAACAAAGACAUCACAUCUGUCUACAUAACAGAUAAACCAGAAGAUCCAAAGAUCUACACAACAGCAGAUAAACCAGAUGUUUCAACGAUCUACUCAACAGCAGAUAAACCAGAUGUUUCAACGAUCUACACAACAGCAGAUAAACCAGAUGUGUCAACUAUCUACACAACUGCAGAUAAACCAGAUGUGUCAACUAUCUACACAACUGCAGAUAAACCAGAUGUUUCAACGAUCUACACAACUGCAGAUAAACCAGAAGAUCCAAUGAUCUACUCAACAGCAGAUGAACCAGACGAUUCAAUGAUCUAUACAACAGUAGAUUGACCAGAUGAUCCAACCGUAUGAUGACUUUACUGACUGCGUCUCAGAUUUUAAGAAGAAAUUUUGGAUAAAGAAAUCCCAGAUUUAAAAAA